CACGUUUAUCACGAUAACACACACAAAAAAAUAUUAGUAAUUAUUAGCAUUAUUAUUUAUUUCAACCGGCUUGUACGGGGAGCUCUCGGCGUCCCCUCGACCAUGGCUUCCAACUUCAACGACAUAGUGAAACAGGGAUACGUGAGGAUACGGAGUAAGAAACUGGGGAUCUUCCGAAGAUGUUGGCUGGUGUUCAAGAAGGCGUCCAGUAAAGGACCGCGACGCUUGGAGAAGUAUCCUGAUGAGAAAGCUGCCUACUUCAGGAGCUUUCACAAGAUCACUGAGCUCCAUAAUAUCAAGAACAUUAGCAGGAUGCCGAGAGAGAGCAAGAAGCACGCCGUGGCCAUUAUCUUCUGUGACGACACGUCCAAGACCUUUGCCUGCGAAUCUGAGCUGGAUGCUGAGGAAUGGUGCAAGCUGCUGAACGUGGAGUGCCUGGGCAGCCGUCUCAACGACAUCAGCCUGGGCGAGCCCGACCUGUUAGCAGCGGGGGUGCAGCGGGAGCAGAACGAGCGCUUCAACGUGUACUUGAUGCCCACGCCGAACCUGGACAUCUACGGGGAAUGCACCAUGCAGAUCACCCAUGAGAACAUCUACCUGUGGGACAUCCACAACGCCCGCCUCAAACUCGUCAUGUGGCCCCUCAGCUCGCUCCGACGAUACGGCCGAGACUCUACCUGGUUCACGUUUGAGUCCGGAAGGAUGUGUGACACGGGCGAGGGCUUGUUCACGUUCCAGACGCGGGAAGGAGAGAUGAUCUACCAGCGCGUCCACUCGGCCACUCUGGCCAUCGCCCAGCAGCACGAGAGGAUGAUGGAGGAGAUGGAGAAAAGCUCCCAGGUGCGAUCCUCCGAGACCCUCAGCAAGUCCAUCUCCCUGCCACGCAGCGCCUACUGGCAGCACAUCACGCGGCAGAACAGCGUGGGAGAUCUUUACAGCUACCAAGGAAGCAGCAUGGAGAUGACGUUCAUCCCAAGAGCGCAGACCUUCCCCAGCUUCCUGUCCCGUCAGCCCGAGCAGGAAGAGCAGGAGAAAGAGGAGGAGGAGGAGGAGGAGGAGGAGGAGGAGGAAGAAGGAAGAAGGCGCCAUCAAGAGGCGCCGUCGCCCUCUAGUGGCCGAGCGGCCACUUGCAGCCUGAGGCCACUUCAAUGACAUUUGGGACUUUGGACACUUUUGAGCACUACUGUAGAGAGAAUGUAGACCUGUGUAUAGUCACGUGUAUUAUAUGACGUCAUUUAUCAAGUUUAUUCGUCAUCGUGUCCACGUUUUCUUUUUUAAUAUGCGUGUGACAGCAGAAGUAGUGUCUUAAAACAAGUGUUUGAAGAAAUGUCGUUUUUACGUGUUCUUAUGUUCAAGCCAGCCUUUAGAACACAUUUUGUUUACAUGAAAAAGCUGUCAUUGGCUCAUUAUAGUCAUUUUAAAUUCUGACUUGACACUGGCUGAGGUAUUCAUUUGAAAAAUAAGCUUAUGAUUGUGGUUGUAGUGGAGCAAAACCGUGCGCUGUUCCUAAUGUUGUGAAUGUGUUUGGCAACAAGAGCAAACGUUCAUUAGAAAUAUUAAUGAGCAUUAAUGGUCAGGCUUUACCAGAAAUACAGGAAAUGCAUCGAAAAACGAAUGAUUAUUAAUGACAUUAUGAAAAUAUUAUUUGCAAAAACACACCAAUAACAAAUACAUGUUAUUGGUUGGUUUUUGUGAACGUUUUUGUAAAAUAGUUUUAUUUUUGGCAAAUAAUGAGCUAUUUAAUAAUGAUUUUGGUGCUGACAUUUCUGCACAAAAAAAAACAACACAAAAAUCUUCAAAAAGCAGCCUAAAAAAAUAAUUAUUAAAAGAAUUAACAGUACAACAUAAUUGCUCAAAAAUAAUCAUGCAAAUAAAAAUAAAAGAAAUGAAGUGUUGGUCCCAGUUUACAUUGAUGAUGGGGUUUUUUUUGUUGUUUUUUUUUCCAAACUCAUUCCAGUAAAAAGUGCCUUCCGAUCCACUGCGACCUUUUCUUUUUAAUGUAUUCUUGUGUACUGUCCCGCCUGGAACACGCCUGCUGACAUCCACAUUUGACUCCAAAAAGCCAAUAUCUGAAUGUUAUUUUGUUUGUGUCGGACUUGAUGGAAAUGUGCAAGCACUUCAUUGUCUCCCAACGUGUACGACUUUAUUUCUUGUUUGAAUCAGCAUUUCUGUUGUGUGAUAGCACUUUUAUGAUGUUGCAGUGUAGAGGCUUCACUCGAUGUAAAUAUGUGUUGUUUUUUUCUGAUGAUGGAGGUAAUAAACUUGAAUGUUCCACCACGACAUCGUCUCACUCACUUUUAUUUCGUUCAGGCAACACAUGACCUCCCAG